GACCCCUGAGCAACGUCAGCAGACUACGUCAUGAACUGGCUUUCCUCCUCCAGCAGCAGACUCUCCAAGAGACCAUUCCCGCAGUUCACUCACGGAUUCCUGGCGCACUGUGUGGCUCUUUUUCUCUGGCCAUUCCGCUGGGUGAUGGUGUCAAGUGCCAAGUGCCCAUUGUUGCGCUUCUUGGACAAUCUGAGAAGUCCCCAUAGUUCAGUUAUUGGCAAAUGCUGCAAGAUCAUCAAGUGGGCAUGAAGUAUUGUGUGGAAUUGAGCAAUUAGAGGUUUUUCUGUUGCGACUUUCGUGCGCCAUAUGUGAGAAAAGAAGUGCUUCAGUCGUGAGGUGGCAGUCAGAGAACACGUAGAAUUUUCCCCAUCCCAAAAGCACAGAAGCAAUGGAACUCUUCCAUAUGGCACUGAGGAUCAUCUGUGGCAUCCUGAUGGUGUCCCUGAUGGCUAUGGCUAAGCAUUCAGCCAUCGGACGAUAUCCCAUCCUCAUGCCAAACGUGCAUCCAGACAGGCCCGAACUCUAUCUCUGUACACCGAUUAAGGUGGACUACACGAAGAACUACUAUAUUGUGGGAUUUGAACCAAAUGCCACAAUGAAUACGGCACAUCAUAUGCUCCUCUACGGAUGCGGGAAGCCUGGUUCGAGCCGACCAGUUUGGGAUUGCGGAGAGAUGUCUCGCAGAUCUUUAGUCAAUGAUCCGGAUGAAGAAUCCUUCAGUCCAUGCGGCAAAGGUUCCCAUUCCCAAAUCAUCUAUGCCUGGGCCAGGGAUGCUCCCAAACUAGCCCUGCCAGAUGGAGUAGGCUUUAAGGUGGGCCUAGACUCGCCUAUCAAAUACAUCAUUCUCCAGGUGCACUAUGCACACGUUGAUCAGUUUAAAGAUGGAAGCAGAGAUGACUCUGGAAUCUUCAUACAUUACACCCUGGAGCCCAUGCCGAAGCAAGCUGGUGUCUUGCUUCUGGGGACAGCUGGAGAGAUCCCACCGCACAGCUUGGAGAAGAUGGAGGCUUCUUGUGAGAUCACAGAGGACAAGGAAAUCUACCCAUUUGCCUACAGGACUCACACUCACAGCCUCGGGAAGGUUGUCUCUGGAUAUCGCGUAAGGCGCGAUGAGCAGGGAAUAGAUCAUUGGACUCUUCUGGGCAAGAGGGAUCCCCUGACGCCUCAAAUGUUCUAUCCAGUGGAAAAUUUUGAACCCAUUCGACAAGGUGAUCGACUAGCAGCAAGAUGCACGAUGCAGAGCAAUCGGGAUAGAAUCACAAGAAUUGGAGCUACUAAUGACGAUGAGAUGUGCAACUUCUACUUGAUGUACUAUGUGAACAAUAAGGAGCCUCUUGAGACCAAGUACUGCUUCUCUCUGGGACCACCGCAGUAUUGUUGGGAGUACGCCAGUUCGGACUUUAACAACAUUCCCGACAUGGAGGCCAGUCAUUUAUAAGGAAGUUCCGGAGGAUGAAUGAAAGUGUGUCAUCAGGGUAUCUCGAGGGAAUCCAGCACAAAACAGAAGACAUCGUCUUAAGGGAAUCUACUGCUAACGAUAAGUUUUAAACUCUGUACUUAGUUUACCUACCAAAAAGAGAAUCAAACCCAAAAAUCCCUCAUUUCCCUUCUUCCGGGAUUCUUUUGAAGUUUCUGGAAGCUUUGGGACAAUAUCCCAAUUCAUAUCUUUGAGUGAGUUUCAAGGAGAAAAAAAAUAUGAAGAGCAGCUAUUUUGGAGUAGAUUUUUAGUAUGGAUGACUAUCUUAAGAAAAAAAAUGAAGGGAGAUAAUAAAAUAUUUCAUUUAUAUAUUUUUCUAUGUGUACUUUUCCAAUCAAACCUUUCCUAUUAAUCUUCUUAUAUUUAGAGAGACAAAGAGAAAAGAAAACAUUAAAAACUAUGUGAAUCCUAUCAAUUUCACAAUAUUAUACAAUUAAUCUAGUCAGAGAUAAAUCUGUUAUAAAGAAAAAAAAAACAUAUUAGGAAAAAGGCUAAUUAAGGUAAAAUAUAUAAAAGCAGUAUAUAUAUAUUAAAUGUGAAGAAAAUAUCUUUAGAAAUUUGUAUUGUCCAAGACAUGUUGUUGGUUGAUGGAAGGAGAGUUGAAAUGGUACAAUUUUCAAUCAGGAAAAAAAAUGUUGGAGGUAGCUGAAGGAAGUGGUUUAUAUUUACAACACGAAAGACAAUGAGAGAUAGGGCUGUAACUAGAAGAGAAUGUAAUUGUAUAUUUUAUUUAACUGAAGAGAAAUAUUGGAGAAAAUUGUUCUGUUUGGAAAUGGGAUGAACGUGCAAGGAUAUCAAUUAUUUUUCUGUAUAAAUCAAUCCUAUUGUAAUAUCAAGAUAAAUAUUUAAUUAAAUUUAUGACUUUAGAAAA